AUGACCUCCUUAAAUUCUGGUCAAACAUUACCAGAGAGGUUAGAAUACUGGGCCAAGGUACAUCCAGAUUCAGAUGCCUUCGUUUUUAUUGAUAAAGAUGGGUCAAGAACAGCAUUAACAUGUAAAGAGAUCUUUGUUCACGCUACUGACUUUGCUAAGCAUCUGAAAGGUCUUGGUUUAGAUCCUGGAGAUGUUAUUUGUAGUUUGUUGCCAGAUUCACCACAUGGUAUAAUUGCCUUUUUUGGGAUAUUGUUGGCUGGUUGUGUUGUUUUUAAUGGAAAUCUUUCUUUAAAAGAUGGUUCGUUCUUGAUACAGAAUCUGGUCAAAACCAAAUGCCGCGCUUUAAUUCUGUCCUCCGAUGUAAAUGAAGAACGUCGCUGUAUAUUUACCAAACUGUUUGAGGUACAAGAUGGGAACAAAGUUUCAUCAACAGUGUUGCCAGAUUUAACCCAUGUCGUGUUCCCUUGCAAAAACAAAAGUUUGGAAUUUCUGUGGAGGAACCUAAUCACAGAAUCUGUUGAUGACGUCAUACGACAUAAUCCGAAAGCCGAUGCAGUUAUCUUACUAUCUUCCGGGACAACUGGUAUGUCUAAGUUAAUUGUUCACCCAGGAACACUUUUCACAACUCUUUUGAAGGGAGUAUAUGGAAAGCAUACAACCAAAAUGAUGAAUUAUCUAUCACUUAGCUGGAUGCCCGGGCUUCCAUUCUUCUACCUUUCAACCGGCCAGACAAGAGUGUUCAUUGAUCAAAGCAAACCUCCACAACUCGACGGACUAAUCCAAUUAGUAUACGAAAUCAUCAUGAAUGAGAGGUGUGACAUCGUCUUAAUCGGCCUGCCAGAACUGCUCGACUUGAUCAAGAUUUUAAAAACCAAACCCGAUUUGCAGAACUGGCCACUAAAGUAUUGUCAUUUGGGUGGACGGCCUUUAUCUAAAUCAUUUGUUGAUACUGUUCUACCAUAUUUCCACUCAGUAUGCAACGCCUAUGGAACUUCAGAAACUAAUGUAGUUUCCUUCGUGCAAAUUGGAGAUGGUAGGGAAUUUGAAGAUUUUAACGCCGGGCGACCUUGUACUGGAACUGAAGUUAUAGUCAAGGAUGCAAAUAACCAAAUUUUAGCCAAGGGAAAACGUGGAAAUAUUUUUGUGAAAACCAAUUGGAUGUUUAGUCGGUACUUUGGUGAUGAGGCACUUACAAAGUCCGAAUUCGACGAAAACGGAUUUAUAAACCUCCAUGACCAAGGAUACGUGAAUGAAAAUGAAGAAUUGAUAGUGUUUGGUCGCACGGCGGAAGUGAUCGUCAGAGGCGAGGACUAUUUUCACCCUGCAUGGAUUGAAUCCAUCAUACGUUCAUGCCCCGAUGUUGAUGACGUCAUUGUUGUUCCGGUUCCGGAUGAUAUAUUGCAGAAGGAAAUAUGCGCAUGUAUAGUGCUAAUUCCGGGUUCAGAUAGCGACGACAAAAAGGUUAAAGAAUUCUGCCAAAAGAAUUUUGUUAGAGAAGACUAUUCCAGUGUAGGAGCUUGUCCAAAAUAUGUUAUUUUACUGGAUAAUAUUCCUUUAAACAGCAACAGUAAACCUGAUAGGAAAGCAGUUGAAAAGAUGGCCGUUAAAAAGUUAAAUUUGUGA